AUGACGUACCAAAAUGACGAGAGUUCAAAGGAAUCUCAAGCGGAGCAGCUUGGUAGAGUGCAAACACAAGCUAGUAUCAUGAUACCGCCUGAGUUGUUUGAACAGCUUUAUCUUUCGCCUCAAAAUAAGGUGAAGGGCAAGCUUCGUCAGACGCUUGGAAAUCCGACACCAAUAGCGAUCGCUGGAUUUCUCCUCUGCACAACACCGGCGUCCAUGGCGUUGCUGGAGUGGCAAGGGGCAGGUGGCUUCGGAGCAGCUGCCAAUGUGGGCUCUUACUUUUACCUCGGUGGUCUUUUGCUCGUCCUCGGCGCUAUUGGAGAAUGGCUCUUAGGUAAUACCUUCCCUGCAACAGUGUUCUCAACCUUUGGCGGUUUCUGGUUCACCUUUGGAGCAACCAUCACACCUGGGUACGGCGCAUACGGGCUCUACUCCACGACAGGACAAGAGAUGGACGGACUCAAGGAGGCACAGUUCUUCGCCACAUUCUCCUUCUUUCUGAUUGCGAUGGCUAUUCUCUGCAGUGUCUUUACGCUGGCUAGCAUUCGGACGAAUUUGGUCUUCUUUUCGAUAUUCUUGCUGCUAGUGCCGACUUUUGGAUGUUUGGCGGCUUCUUUUCUCGCUACGGCUCAUGGAUCGACGGAUAGUGCCAAGACGUUGCAGCAUGCCGGGGCGGGGUUGUUGUUUGUAGUUUCGCUUUUGGGGUGGUAUAUCUUUCUUGCACUGGUGCUUUUGUCAGUUGAUUUCCCGUAUGUGCGGUUGCCGUUGGGGGAUUUGUCUACGGUUGUGCGUGGUGCUGGUGAUGGGGAAGGGGAUGGCGCAGUUGAAGAGGCAGAUUCGAAGGUUUAG